GACAGAGUUGUCAGUAGCACAGCAGAGUGCGGCCGGAGAACAUGUGAACGAUCGGUUCCGCUCAAGUGUGUUUAUUGUUCAUUUAUCAUUAAAUUCAACGAGAAGAAGAAGAAGAAGAAGAAGAAAGGAGCGGAAGUAACGGAAGUAGCGGAGGAACGAUCUGAAGAAACAAUGAAGAAGAAAGUGGACCACAGCGCGGAGGCGUCUUCGGAGCCGGCCCCGGACUACGUGGUGGGUCAGGUGUCAGGGAGCUUGUUCAAGAAGAGGUCCGCUGCGUCCGGCUCGCUGGCGGCUCUGUUCAGCUCCACGACCCCGGCUGCCUCCCGCCUGUUCCAGCCUGCGCCCGAGCCCGUUCAGAGGGCCUCGGAGCAGCAGCAGCAGAAGAAGAAGGAGACUCCAGAGGUCAAAGAUCAAAAGAAGAAGCUGCCAGAGAAGUCAGUGGCUGAACAGAAGCUGGAGAACAGAGAGAGCAGCCUGCAGACGGCAGACGAAGACGAGCGAGGGCAGGCUGUGAAGAAGAGGAAGGCUUCAGGGUCGGGGAGAGAGAACGAUACAGAGGUCUGGGUGAUGAAGAGGCAGAGGACGAAGGCCUGCAGAGAGGAAGAGUCAGCGAAGAGGAAGAGGACGGUGUUUGUGGGGAACCUGCCCAUCAGCUGCACCAAGAAGACCCUGAGGAGCCUCUUCAGGAGCAAAGGAUCCAUCGAGUCCAUCCGCUUCCGCUCUGUGGUCAGAGAGGAUCCCUCCAUGUCCCGGAAGGUCGCAGCCAUCAAACGUAAAAUUCAUCCCAAGAAGCAAAGCGUGAACGCCUACGUGGUGUUUACAGACGAUGAAGGCGUGGCCAAGGCGUUAGAAAGUAACGGCACGGAGAUCGAGAAGGACUUCCACAUCCGAGUGGACCGAGUGACUGACAGCUCACACGAUCACAAACGCUCGGUUUUCGUGGGGAAUCUCUCGUUUGAAAUAAACGAAAGUGCAUUUCGACAACAUUUUGAGGAGUGUGGCUCGGUGGAGGCGGUGAGACUGGUCCGGGACCAGACCUCUGGGCUGGGGAAAGGAUUUGGAUACGUCCUGUUUGAGAGUCCCGACUCGGUCCAGCUGGCGUUGAAGCUGGACGGCUCGAAGCUGGAAGGCCGAGCCCUCCGGGUGAAGAGGUCCGUGAAGAAAGAAAAACAAAAGAAUAAAACAAACGCCAGAGGAGCCACAGGGAGGCCAGGAAGGGGCCCCCCCAAGGGCCCAGCCAAGGGCCCAGCCAAGGGCCCGGGCCGGGAGAGAGGAGGUUUUAAGUCUCCGAAAUUCACAGGAAACCAGCAAAGGUCGACCAAAAGCUCCGGAUCCUUCAAAGGACAAAUGGUGGAUCCAACUAAAAAGAAAAAACUGAAGAAGAAGGUGAAGCCGAACAAGACUGUUCACAUCUGAGCCGAGGAUCCAACUUCUCAAAGGAAACACGUUCUGACCUGGUUCUGUUGCAUGACAUCUUCUGUUGUUUAUCAAAAGGAUUUUCUUAAACCUUUAAAUCUGUAAAUUGUGAACACAAAUAAAUUCAAAAGUUUCA